GUCUGUAACGCUGAAGAACAGCAGCAGAUCCUGCAGACCAAACUGAAGAUGUGUUCAGUUAAACUCAUCGACUGCACGAACCUCAUGAUGAAGAUUAAAACUGAACCCACAGAAAUGAAAACUGAACCCACAGAAAUGAAAACUGAACCCACAGAAAUGAAAACUGAACCCACAGAAAUGAAAACUGAACCCACAGAAAUCAAAACUGAACCCACAGAAAUCAAAACUGAACCUACAGAAAUAAAAACUGAACACACAGCAGAGGAAGAUUGCACUGAGGGAGAAGAUGAUUUUAUCCCAUCAGAUGUGAAGAGUGAUUCAUGUUUGGAUAUAGAAAUAACGUCCUCAACAUCAAAAGAGCGACUGACAGCACAAACUCUUUCCUGCAUCACCUGUGGAAAGACAUUCAGCUCACAGAGACAUUUAGAGAGACAUGAGAGAAAACACACAGAACAGAAACUCUUCACCAGAUCUGAGACCAGCUUUACUACCUUACAAGAGAAGAAACUUCAUUCAGAAGACCACAGAGAGAAGAAUAAGAAGAAGAAGAAGAAGAAGAAGAAGAAGAAGCAGCAGUUUCACUGUGAGCAGUGUGGGAUGAUUUGUGUCUCUUCCUCUAAACUAAAUAUUCACAUGAGGACACACAGUGGUGAAAAGCCUUUCAACUGCACUGAAUGUGGAAAUUACUUCAGAACCAAAGCCAAUCUUAAAAUUCAUCAGAGAGUUCACACAGGAGAAAAACCUUACGAGUGUCCUCACUGUGAGAAGAGAUUUAGCUGUAAACAUAAUCUGAAGACACAUGUGGUUUUACACACCAAUGAGAGACCGUAUCAGUGCAGUGAAUGUGACAAAACCUUUAAGGAUUCAAGUUCAUUAAAAAAACAUCAGAAUACUCACUUAAAAAAGAAACUCUAUCAGUGUUCACACUGUGAUAAAUGUUUCUGCCAUAAAUAUCAGCUGAUAAUCCAUGAGAGAGUUCACACUGGAGAAAAAACUCAUCACUGUAGUGUCUGUGAGAAGAGUUUUAAUCGACAUGAAAGUUUAGUGACACACCUGACAAUUCAUACAGGUGACAAACCUUACCAAUGCUCUCAGUGUGACAAGACGUUUACUUCUUCAUCUUACUUAAAAGUCCAUCAGAGAGUUCAUACUGUAGAGAAACCUUAUCACUGCAGUAUCUGUGGGAAGAGUUUUAUUCUAAAGUCUACCUUACUAAGUCACAAGAGAAUUCAUACAGAUGAAAAACCUUUCAAAUGCUCUCAGUGUGACAAGAUGUUUGCUCAUUCAGGUAAUUUAAAAGUCCAUCAGAGAGUUCACACUGGAGAGAAACCUUAUCACUGUAGAUUCUGUGGGAAGAGUUUAAAGCGACAUGAAAAUUUAGUGAUACACCUGACAAUUCAUACAGGUGAAAAACCUUACAAAUGCUCUCAGUGUGACAAGAAAUUUACCACUUCAAGUAAUUUAAAAGUCCAUCAGAGUGUUCACACUGGAGAGAAACCUUAUCACUGUAGUGUCUGUGAGAAGAGUUUUAAUCGACAUGACAGUUUAGUGACACACCAGAGAAUUCAUACAGGUGAAAAACCUUACAAAUGCUCUCAGUGUGACAAGACGUUUGCUUCUUUAUCUUACUUAAAAGUCCAUCAGAGACUUCAUACUGGGGAGAAAUCUUACUUCUGCGCUCACUGUGGAAAGAGCUUCUUUAGGUCAAGUAAUUUAGAAGUCCAUCAGAGAGUUCACACUGGAGAGAAACCUUAACACUGUAAUGUGCUUGUCUGUCCUGCUCCGGGUGGAUAGCUUUAAUAUCCGAAUGAAGAUGCAUGUUGAUAGGAACUUCAAACGCAGAGCGGAGCUGCAUAGAUGGACUGACAACUGGAAUUUAAGUAUCAUGAGAUCAGACUGCUUGUUAUAAUUUUGAAUAGCUCCCGCGGCACGAUGUCUCCCGCCAGCUGGUCUGUGCAGCACUGGAUGAAGUUAAGAACAUGGGGGCCCCCUAGUGGUGCGGCCCUACGCAGCUCGCGUAGCCUGCGUAUAGGGAGGAUCAGCUCUGAUCAUCAAUUUGACUUAUGAGUAUAACUCUGCCUAACAUAGGCACUCUGGUAAAUUAACAGUUGCAUGAAAGUAAAUGACAUGUGAGAAUGAAGGUUUUAUUAUCAUCAAGUCAAGUGUUAUUUUUCUAGUUGUUCACCUCGCUUUCAGAGUCGUUGAUGCACCGUUUGUUGUAAUUAUAUCCAAGAAGCACACAAAGAACACUUUUCCCGUCAUCACCUCACCAUAGACCUGCAGCAUACUUUCAGCAAAGAUGCUUAUAUUAUAGAGAUGGCAACCUUUCAUUUGACAACAUGUAACAGUCAACUUGGCUAGCAUGUAGCGCCGUUCAGAGUGUAACGACAGCCAGUUACCGUUUACAGUUUCUUGCCAGAAUAUAAGAUUACAUUUUAAUCUGUUCAUUAAAAAUGGCUUCUGGUCUCCUUCCCUGUGUAUAGCAGCAUUGCUAUGCUAAUCUUGUAGGCUUCCUUGAAGAGGGUCUUUGCUUUCAUUAUCCUAACUGUAUUUGCAUUUUCUGUAUCAAACCCUCUCAGAUCCACUGUGGAUGCCAUUUCGUGCGUUGGCAGCCAGCCUCGUUUCUCAUGGCGUUAAAAAGCCCAGGUGUGUGUUUGGCAUCGAGCAUCAUUGUGAUCAUGGCUAGUUUAACUUUUUUCUCCAGCUGUAUUUGUUUUGCACAGGUGCCGCACACACGUGCAUGAUCCUGCUUAUUCUACAAUCGUUAAACUUCAUCGAUUUAAUUCUUACCGACAAUUAAUCGAAUAUCAAUUAAUUGUUAACAUCACUAGAAAUAGUGUGGCCAUACGUGCCAUUUUCGCUGAACGCGUCCUGGACAGAAUUUCGGUUGGGUACCCCGGAAGUCGCAUUGGUCAACCGUAUACGUCAUCAAGGUUUACUAUUUCAGGUUUUAUUUCAAAAAAGCAACCUUUACAUUUCAAGGUAAGAAUGAAACUAAAGUGAUUGUGUGUCUAAAGAGAAAUAAAUUGUAAUUUUUUAAUGUAUUUACCUGAAAUGUGAGAACCUCGAUGACGUAUGCGAUCGACUUUCGGAGGACACCCCGAAAUCCUGUCCAUUUUGCUUACGAGCUUGGUCUGGAUAGAAGUUCUAAACAGAAACUAAAAGACGUAUCAACAUUGUAAGUUGUUAUAGUAACUGGCUGCGUCCGAAACUGCCCAAUUCUAUAAUAGGCAAAAAGUAGUAUAGUAUAGUAUGUCCGAAUCUGAGGCUAUUUUGGGGAUUUCCGCCUGAAUUUGUCCUACCCAUUUUCAAAAGCUUCCCAUACCCACAUGCAGAGGUGUACAUACAAAAGUUUGGUAUAAUUUUACAGGAAACCCUUUGACAUUACAUAAAACACUGUAGAAAGUGCUAAACAUGGUUGUAUGUGUUGUCAGUCCUCUAAUAAACACAAAAAUAAAUAGGAGCUUUUGAUGUUUUUUUUUCUAAAGUCAGUAUUUAAAAGUGCAUAACUCUGGCCCUGAGUGGUAACGAAACCUGCAGGCAGUUUUGUUUAAUUCCAGCAAUUGUCAGCUUACAGAGGAAGAAUGAUUUUUUUCCCUAUCAUAAUCUUUGCAAAAGUUAUUUUAUUCCAACUUAACUCUUUCACUGCCAGCGUUUUUAAAAAAAGUUGCCAGCCAGCGCCAGCGUUUUUCAUGAUUUUCACCAAAGUUUAAUGCCUUCCAGAAAAUGUUCUUCUUUAAAUAUAUAAACAUACAAUAUACCAAAUGAAUAUAUCUGCUUUCAAACAAAAAAAACAUUUCAUCCUACCUUCAGUGUUUCUUUUGUAAUCAGCUUUUGAAUAUCGGUAGGUUUCUGCAAAAACAUCACAUUUUGAGCAAAAAGCAGAGAUAAUUCAAUUUUUGUGACGGACUUUUCAUAGAGAUCCCAUUCAGAGCGAUCUUUAAAACAGACACGGACAUGCAGCCGCUUGCCAUAGGGCAAUACUUCCGGAUUUAAAAAGUUGCGGAAGGGCGCCACCUGGUGGAUAAUAGCGAUAUUGCGGAAAGACGGAAAAUCUCGUCAUUGGCGGGGAAGCGUUUUCUCUUAAUUGACGAGAUCUCGUCAAUGGCGGUGAAAGAGUUAAGGGAGGAAUAAUAUAGUCUUUGUAUUCAAUUUAUGCCUAAAAAUAUUUGAAGUGUCCCCAUAACCACAUACAGAGGAAUAAAUGCAAUUUUUUCCACUUCCACUCAUCACUUUUUUUUAAAUCCCCUACAGCGCGGAACAUGAGUCCUGCAAACGCGGCGCCGAAUCCGAGGACAAGUGGCUCCUUAGUUUCGACAUGGUUUAAGUAAAAGGUGAUCGCUUAAAAGACCCACCGGCCAAGGCGGGUCUAACUCACUGUGUGCGAGAAAGCCACUGUCUGUUCUAGAAAAAAUGCAGCAAAGAUAUUUAAUGCUAUACCGUAUGAUGCAUAUAGGCCUAUGCUGAGUUUAUUCAUUUAUGAUGAAGUGCAUUCUAGUAAACAAUGCACAAGUGAACCCUUUGGGUUAAGACCUAUGUGGGCAAAAUAAUUUAAUACUUGAAAUAUAUCUUUAUUGAAAUAAUUUCUUUUGGUUGAAUGUCACUUUUAUACACAGAACACAUAAUAUCACACACUGAAAAAAACGAACU